AUGCUGCAGGGUAUACGAUGCAGCAAUAUCGGUCGACAUUCGCCACUGCUUUCUGAACAGCACGAAAAUUUAUGUCGCGCCUAUGAAACGAUUAUUCGACAUUGCGGUGAAGAUAGCAGUCGGCAGGGGCUACUAAAGACCCCGGGAAGAGCGGCGAGGGCUAUGCUUUUCUUCACCAAGGGCUACGAAGAUAGUCUGGAUGGUAAGUUGCAGCCUGUCCUUAAAAGAUACGAAAUGUUUUUUUUCUCAUACAGUGUUUUCAGCCGUCUCUAA